AUGGCUGAGAAGUCGGGCAGCAGGCCCGGCGAUGCCUUUAGCCAAGCUGGCGCCGCAUCGUCUCACUACCCGCACCCCGAGGACAAGGACAGACUAUACGAUCUACAUGGCUCAGCGGUCCCUGCCCCUUACGGCACAAAGGGCUCAUCCUCGCCGCAUCGCACGCUGCCGUGGUAUAACCCGCGCGGGUGGUCACUGCGACGCAAGCUGAUAGCGGGGGGGAUCAUUGUGGUGGUGCUAAUUGCUGCGAUUGUCGGGGCAGUCGAGGGCACGAGGGCGACUCGGUACCCGGACUAUACGAGGCUCGAUUACAAGUUGGCGGAUACGUACGCGGGGACGGAUUUCUUGGACAAGUUUAACUAUUUCUCGGACGAGGACCCGACGAAUGGAUUCGUGCAGUAUGUGGAUAGGAUAGCAGCCCAGACGCUCAAUCUGACCUAUGCUACGGAGUCGUCUGUUGUGUUGCGGGUGGACACGACGACCCCGUUCGCGAAGAAUGGCAGGCAGUCUGUCCGACUGGAGUCGAAGAGGUCGUACGACACUGGUCUGUUCGUCUUUGAUAUCCUCCACACGCCGUUUGGCUGCGGAACGUGGCCGGCGCUGUGGCUGUCGGAUACCUACAACUGGCCGUUGAAUGGUGAAAUCGAUGUCGUGGAGACGAACAACGGCGGUACGGAGGGGAACUCGGUGACCCUGCAUACGACGCGCGGUUGCGACAUGAAGGCGAAGCGCAAACAGACAGGGCAGGCCCUGUACCAGCACUGUGACAACAGCACCCACGGCAACGCUGGGUGUGGCGUGCAAGGCGAGCCCUACACUUAUGGGCCAGAGUUCAACGACAACGGCGGCGGGGUCUAUGCUCUGGAGCUUCGGAGUGCUGGCAUCCGGGCCUGGUUCUUCCCACGGGCCGCGAUUCCCAGCGACAUCUUGGACGGUAUCCCCGAUCCAUCGAUGUGGGGGACGCCGCUGGCAGACUUUCCCAACACCAACUGCGAUAUCCCCUUCCAUUUCACGAACCAGAGUAUCAUCGCCAACAUCGAUUUGUGUGGCCAAUUGGGCGCACAGCGUCAAUUCUAUACCGAGUUGUACAAGUGUCCAGGCAUAUGCAGCGACUUUGUUGCUCACAAUCCUUCCAAAUUCACCGAGGCAUAUUGGGAGUUCAAAACUUUCAAGGUGUAUCAAGCCCAGUGGUCUUGA